CUUUGCGAUGCUGCAAUUUUGCAAUUGUCACACCCAAUGAAGCCAUACAAGCCGUUCAGGCCCCUCUCAGUCGCUGGGAGACUCAACAAUCUCAACGGCCCGCCACCGGCAAAGAAAAGACGUCUCUCCGAGUCUGACGAUGAUGAGCCUCUGGUGCGCGCCGCACCAGCAAUCCGAAAGCCGUUGAUCGACAUACAUAAUCCCACGCCGCCUCAAACACCCCCAGUCGAAAGCAAUGCCAGCUACUACACUGUACUGUGGCGAAAGUUCACCACCAAGAAGAACAAAACAUGGGACGGUGACGGCGUACUGGCGGUGGUGAACGGCGUCGGGGUGCUCACGGAUAGCGAUUCAGGCAAGGAAAUGGGCAAGGGGGCGUGCAAUCGGCCACUUCUUCCCGGCUCCCAGUUGUCGAUUGGCGGGAAGGAGCUGGAAAUCGAUGAUGUUAUUCAGAAAAAAGACUAUCUGUCUGGCCGCAUGUUCAUGGGGAAGGCAGCAGCAACACCGGUCGAGCAGACAACAAAACGGGUAGAGCCUGGGUACAAGCCUUUGCCUGUGGGUAAACCACUUCCUGCGAGCAAGUCCAAGGUGAAGAGGACCGAGUCUUCAAGCAGCACUAAGAGCGUUGUUCCUGAAUACGCUCCGUCUUCGAACAGGACACAGCAAUUCAAGACCCCACUGUUGUCAAAUACUGUGCUUCCACAGCGCAACACGUCAAUACCAACACCUCGCCACGACCCGAACGCACCGAACGCGCUAGUCAUGAAGCCGCCGACCACCAUACCCAAAGGAAAACAAGUCGUAGACGUUGUCGUUGAUCCGGUUCUGAGUAAGCACUUGAGAGACCACCAAAGAGAAGGUGUAAAGUUUUUGUACGAGUGUGUAAUGGGCAUGCGCAGCGAGGGUGAAGGUGCCAUCAUGGCUGACGAGAUGGGCCUUGGGAAGACUCUGCAGACCAUCGCCUUGAUAUGGACCUUGCUGAAGCAGAAUCCUAUCCACGACAGUGGACCCGCUAUUACAAAGGCUCUCAUUGUAUGCCCCGCUGGACUGGUCGAUAACUGGAAGCGCGAAUUUCGAAAAUGGCUCGGCAACGAGAGGAUUGGCGUUUAUGUUGCCGAUGCGAAGAACAAGAAGAUUGCUAACUUCACAAUGGGUAAAGCCUACAAUGUUUUGAUCAUCGGAUAUGAGAUGCUCAGGACUAUGCAAGAAGAGCUCAAGAGGGGUGCAGGUGUCGACAUCGUCAUUGCAGACGAGGGUCACCGUCUGAAGACCGCGAACAACAAGUCUAUGCAGGCAAUCCAGUCGCUCAAUACCGAAAGGCGCAUCAUUCUGUCAGGCACACCGCUGCAAAACGAUCUAGGUGAAUUCUACACUGCGAUCGACUUCGUCAACCCUGGACUCCUUGGUCAGCGAUCUGCGUUCAAGCGAGCAUUCGAAGCUCCAAUCGUUCGCAGCCGUCAGCCAGAUGCAAGUGAGUCGGAGCUAGAAAAGGGCGAGGCACGAUGGCAGGAAUUAGUGUCGUUGACCAGCAAGUUCAUGAUCCGCCGUACUGCGGACGUACUGUCGAAGUAUCUUCCACCCAAGACGGAGCACAUCGUUUUUUGCCGUCCAACAAAGGCCCAAGCCGAGGCGUAUCGCAGCGUUCUUUCUUCACCACUGUUCACCGCAGCUUAUGGCAACAUGGAAAUGGCCUUGCAGCUCAUCACAAUCUUGAAGAAAGUAUGCAAUAGUCCUUCGCUGCUGAAGUCAAAGAAAGACACGGAAGGGAAAGAGUCGGAGACGAUAGCAUCCAUUCUCCCACUGAUACCGCCGCAAAUAUUGAACUCGCACGCUUCCAGUACCAAGCUACGUCUGCUAGACAGCCUAGUGCAUCGGAUCUACACCACCACGGAAGAGAAAAUUGUCAUUGUCUCGAAUUACACAAUGACGCUCGACAUGAUUGAACGCCUUCUGAACUCUCUAUCAUACACCUACAUGCGCAUGGACGGGAGCACGCCUGCGAACAAACGACAAGGCCUCGUGGAGCGGUUCAACAAGACUCCCAAGGCUGCAAAUUUUGCCUUCCUGCUCUCGGCCAAGUCUAGUGGUGUAGGUUUGAAUCUCAUCGGCGCAUCACGCAUCGUGCUUUUCGACAUCGACUGGAACCCCGCCACUGAUCUGCAAGCCAUGGCCCGUAUCCAUCGCGACGGUCAAAAGUUGCCUUGCAAGGUUUACAGGUUCCUCGUUCAAGGUGGCCUCGACGAGAAGAUCUAUCAGCGCCAAGUCAUGAAGAUGGGGCUGGCCAAUGCGGUCGUCGACAACAAGCAGUCUGCCUCGUCCUUCUCCCGAGAUGAGCUGCGCGAUCUGUUUCGUCUUGAUGAACGCGAGACAUGCCAGACGCACGACUUGCUCGGCUGCACGUGUGAUUGCACGGGUACCCUAGAGGCCAAGCCAGAAGAGCCUGUUGGGAUCGCAGAAGAUGAAGAUAGCGACGAUGACAAGCCGCUUCUCCCUGGCCUCAGAAAAGCCAGUGAAGUCGAUAUUGAGGAGCAAGAAGCCGAGAUCGAAAGCAGGCGUAAAGCGAAGAUACCCAAGCUGCGGAUGCUGAUGGAGUAUCGACACAUCGACACUAAGCAUAUCCGUGCAGAUGCUAAGGGUGGAGUCGAAGAGGAGGAGCUGGCUGUUGCAGUGGACGACGAUGUCUUCCUUGAAGUGCUCAAGCAGAACGAGAGCAACGUCGGGUUCCUAUUAACUAAGUCGAGCUCAUAGGUCGUACGAGCCUGCAGAAAAGUUCGGGCAUACACAUCGCAUAGCGUCGGCGUUUUGGAAUCAUGAGCAUAGCGUACUUCUUGUACGGAGGGUGUGAUGCGCGGCAGGAGUGAACGGUGACACCCGAUGAGCAAUAUACCCUAGAUCACACAUCAAUGAUUCUUGCAGAUUCAACAUUCUCAUCGCUCCUUUGCCCUUGAUACUCC